AUCUUCACCCAAGCCAUAUCGCAGGUCAAGCGAGAUGACUUUUGCCUCCAUCUUCCAAUCCACCGUCACCGCUCUUGGCGUUGGGGUUGUCGGAUACUUCCUCUUUCUCGGACUGCUCACCAUUCCCUUCUUCCAAGAUCAAGCCAUUUACCUCCAUGGCGUUACCCUGACUUGGUUCAAAGAUGUCUCCGUUGCGGAGCAAUGGGGUUUUCUCCGAAAUCAGGUCACGCCCUUCACGCUCAAAACGUCGGAUGGUGUGACACUACAUGCUUGGCACGUUCUUCCGCUGGACCUUUACCGGCUUCACGAGGAGGAGCUCGUCAAGGAGCCCGAAGGCAUUGCAGUGGACUUCGCAGACCGCACAUCGUUCCGGCUCCUGCGCGAUGACCCACAAGCACUUCUUGUGCUCUAUCUUCAUGGCGCCGCCGGAACUCUCGCCAGCGGAUGGCGACCUCCAAGCUACCGGGCAAUGUCAGCUUUAGCUCCGAACAGGAUCCAUACUGUCGCUAUCGAUUACCGGGGUUUUGGGUCCAGCAGUGGCUCGCCAUCAGAGCAGGGCCUCCUGACCGACGCCAUCACGCUUGCCGAGUGGGCAAUGAAAGAAGCUGGAAUACCGCCUUCCCGCAUCGUCAUCUUCGGACAGUCUCUGGGUACAGCGGUUGGAAUCGCGCUGGCGCACCACUACGUCACAAAACCCGACCCAGUCCUCUUUUCCGGCAUGGUUCUGGUCGCACCCUUCGCCGACGUGGAGUUGUUGACCGCGACAUACCGCAUCGCCGGCACGAUCCCAAUCCUCGGCCCCCUGGCCCCGUUUCCCCGGCUCCUGACCUUCUUUAACACUUUCAUCCUGCACAAGUGGCAGAGCAAAGACAAGCUGGCCGCUUUUGUCCGAGAAUGCGAACACAUGCCGCCCAGAGACGGACUCAGGUACCACAUCACCAUCAUACACGCCCAAGACGACUAUGACAUACCUUGGUCUCACAGUGACCAGCUGUACUGGCAUGCCGUCAACGCGGCCCGGCUUGAGGGUAUCGCGUUCAAUGACCUGGAGGAAGAGAAGGAACAGACGAAGACGAUGCUGGGGCCGGCGGGGUGGGCGGCGGAGCACAAGACAGCGAACGGUGUCAUCAGGGAGGAGAUAGCCAAAUGGGGUCUGCACGACAGAAUCAUGAGUUACCCUGUCGUUAGCCUCGCGGUACUGAGAGCGUUUACGCAUCCAGGCACGAGCGUCGCUGACGAUGGCGCAUCUAGCGCCUCCUGGUGAUUAGGCAAUAGACGGCAACAUGGGAUUGGGAAUAGAACACUUACUCCUCCUUCUCCUGAUCAAUAA